CCUGCUUCAUUCUUUGGUGUUACAGUAUCUAGAGCGGGCACUGCUAUCACCAUGGACAUGAUGGAUUCUCUGGUUAAUGGUGGUGUGCUGAUUGCACACCAGAUCCAUGAGGGAAAGCAUCAGUAUGAAGUGGAAAAUGUAGUGAAUUACAAAAAACAGGCUGGAGGAAAUCCUUUCAUCAGGAAAGGAGACAAACUGCUGCAGGUAAAUGGCAUUGACCUGAAAGAUCUCACGCCUAAGGAUCUGGCAACAGCGUUAGCUGAGGGUAAUCCAAUGCUGACAGUCCACAAACCAGCCAAGGAACAGAAUUGCACCCCUUCCCUGACACCCCCGACUGAGGACUCUUUGCAGCCUGUCUCUAAAGAGUCCACAAUACUGAAAUUUGGCUGGGAGAUGACAAGGGAGGAUGACUCGGAGAAGAAUGAGGUGAAGCAGCAGGGAGAAAAAAAGGAGACGGAGGAUAAAGAAGAGGAUAUCUGCCCAGAGAAAACCGAGGAGAACAAGAUGUUCAUUGUUGAGAUGACAAAAACUAGUAUCUCUUUGGUGAGAGGCAGGGGCUGUGAUGAGAUGGGAUGCACCCUUAGUGACAUUAUCAUGGUGUCAGAAUCCAGCACGGUGACGCUUGUUCCAAGAGGAAGCACCAGUUUCCGCCAGGAAAAGUUUUUAAACGUUUUAGUCGAACAUGUGGCCACUCACCACUACCUCAGAGGCGUCCGUUCUCAGAGUGUCAUCUACACUUCACCAAAUCCAGAGAAAAUUACUAUUUACUACUACAAGUCAAAUGGUAUAAGAUGGGGUUCCACCGGGGUGCCAGUGGUCCUAAACCUCACUGAUUCCAACUGCUUCCUCAGGUGCUGCAAGCAAGCGGACACAAUGCUCCUAAAACUGGAGACAUGUGAAAAGGAGAGGCUGAAGCAGAUCUCCAAGAGCGAUGAGAGUACCCUCUCCUUUGUGUUCUACAUGAGGGGUGACGCGGUCAAACGACGGAAGUUUGAGUCAGCUUUACAUCGCGGCUGGUACAUCAAUGUUUUCGACACAGACUCAGUGGGUAUGGCAACCUUCGAUGGUCAUGCAGAACCUCAGUCCUUUGUCUUCAUCAUUCAAAAGUGAUGCAGAGUCAUUUUCAAUACUCAGACAAGUCAGUUAAACCUUUAACAUUUUCUUGUAAAUAUUAUGUUUGACUUAAAUGUUACAUUAAAAAAAAAAAAACAUGACGGGUACUCUUGUGUUUGAGCUUCCUGGUUUAACAACACAAACCAAUGGCAGUGUGUCAGAUUCUGCUCUUGCAGAGAUGCAUAGUUAUCCAUUCACAUUAAGGCCAUGCCUCCACACAGCUGCCAUUCCACAUGUCCCUACCUCAGAGAUCACAUGGGAAAUUAUCUAAGACCGCAGCUGUAGUGUUAUUGCUUGAGUUGGUAAACUGCCUCAGUGAACUUGCCUCCAGUGAUGGGCGAGUCAUCCACCUCUGCUUCCUGUAUGGGAGCAUUUCAGUAGAAUGGAGGAGAUCAUUGAAGUAUUCUUUCCACCAUCCAACUACGUCCUCAUUCUUGUCCAGAAGUCUUGUUUCCAUGAACUCCCUGAACUUCUCCCACACCCAAGUUUUUAUUCAUCUACUGCCAGAGCCACACUCUGCUUGGCUCUAACAUGGCAGGCACCAGCCACCUUGUAGCCACAGCCCUGUGAAGCGGCUUCAACAAUGGAGGUGCGCAACAUGGUCCAUUCAGACUCAGUGUCCUUGUCCUCCCUCUGAAUGGUAUCAGAGUUCUGCUGGAGGUGGGAAUUGAAGAUCUCACAGACUGGAGCCUCUACCAGAUGCUCCCCGCUCACCCUCACGCCAGGCCUGCCCAGCUUCCUACCCCGCCACCUGAUCCAGCUCACCACCAGGUGGUGAUCGGUUGACAGCUCAGCUCCCCUCCACCCGAGUGUCCAGAACAAAACUCUGCAGAACUGAUGAUACAAUUAUGAAAUUGAUCAUCAACCUGAUACAUACUGUGUCUACUGACAUGUGAAUGCAGCUGGGGUAACUGGGAUUGUUUUAAGUGGUCUUUUAAGCUGAUGUUAUUGAUUGUUUGUUUUUGAAUAAAUAUUGUGUAAAUGUUUGAAACAAAAGUAACAAAUUAAAACAUUAUCAAAUUUUAAGUAAAAAACAUGAUAAUGUGGAAAUUGCUUUUUAUUUAACACUUUUAUUAUGUACAUUGUUAUAAGACAUUGUGGGGAAAAAAAUACACAUAACAUGAACUAUAUAAUGGCCCGAUGUAUUAACACAAGUGUAUUUAAAUGUUAAUAUUUAGAAAGUCAUUUUAAUAACACAUCUCAUAUCUACUGAAAAUCACACUUUUAGGCUUUGAUCGUAUAAUCACCUCAUACAAAUGUGCUUCUGUUAGCUUACUCAUUACUCACUGCUCCGAAAAGAAAUGCAUUUUUUUGUACACAUGCAAAGUACAGUUUGUAAACUCUAUCAUAAUUUUUUUUAAUGCAAUAAUUCACAACAUUUGACAUUUUAGCAAAUUGUU